AGCUCCCCGCUUGCUAGUCCGAGAGGCAAGGCUGGGGGUAGAGCUAGGGGUAGAGCUAGGGGUAGGGCUGGGGGUAGGCUCAGGGGAAGGUUCCGGAGUAUAGGUUUCCGGCUGAGGGCUUUCGACAGAGGCCUCUACAACUGAGGAGGUCUCGGGAGCGGGAUUCUGUUCGACCGGGGCCUGCUUGACGGGAGGUUCGGGUGCGGGACUCUCGACGACAGGGGCUUCCGCGACCGGCGGGUUCUCGGGAGCAGGGGUCUGCUCGGGGAGUGGACUCUUGACAACAGGGGAGGGAAUCGUAACCGGGGUGGUUGUCGGCACAGGCUCCUGGGUAGCAGGCGCCUCCCCUCCCGUGACGGUCGUGGUCACCCACUCGGUCACGACAACGACGUCGGUAUAGACAAUCUCCCUCUUGGGGUGCGGGUGGCGAUGGAGAGGGCCAGCGACCACCUCUUUCACCGACGCGGCAGCGCAGAGCGCUAGAAUCGAGAGCUUGGCAUACAUCUUGGGACCUGUGCUGCUCGAGUUGUGUCGACGACGGCGGUACUCGGAUGGGAGUGAGAUGUGGGCUUUAUAUAGUUUUUUUUUCUUCUGUUUGUCUCGUAUGGUUCCUAGAGCCAAUAUAUGGCGAUCUUCUGUCCAAGGAAUGACAAGGUGCCAGCGGUCCACUCAAAGGAGAGUCGGAUGUACCGUGAGAUACUGCCAGAGUAAAAUGAAGGUAAGCGUGCUCGGGUUGCUGUACGCUCGGCGUAGACGUGACGUGCUACCGGUAACAAGACGGCAAGCGGGUCGCGCAGUCUAUCAAAGACGCAGAAGGAAUGAUGCGAGUUUGAUGAGGAUAUCAGCCUGUACCCUGGGACAAUGCGCGCUGGUUCUGGACGGGGUCGUGUAGGCGUGUAUGACGUUCGACGGGGGUUCGAAGGGACAAAACACUCGACACAACCGGCAACCUCACGGGAUGAAUCACGGGUUGAGCCCACUCGCAGGAAUGGCCAGUGAAGGGCAAUGGGUCGAAGCUGGCGACCAGAGGGAAAAACGACAAGACGAAAGAGGAAAUGAAUGUGAGGGUGAGGGUGGGGAGAAGGAGGGAAAGGAGAGCGGUGAUUCUCUGGGUGGGAAAGGGGAGUUUAUGAAGGGCGGUCUCCCCCCCCCCCCCUACGGAAGCGUAUGCAAAUGUGGCAUUGUGUAGGAGGUACGUACUUGUUGGGUGUAGGCGCCGCCAACUGCGUCCUGGAUAGUCAAGUUGAGUUGAAGACAAUGCAG